AUGUUCCCUCCUCCCCAUCGCAUCAUUCCCUCUCCUCCACUCCCACCCUGCCCUACUCAUGGGGACGAGUGGUUUCCUUCUUGCUUCACCACUCACUCCUCUUCUGCUCUCCUCUCUCCCUCGGCACCACUCCCAACCAGAGCAACAUGCCCAAUUUCUGGAGACGGCGAGUGGUUCGUUGUCACAUCCGCCCGCGACCUCAACCAAUCCCCUUCCUCUCUCUUCUCUCACGCUUUCACCUUUCCCUCUCCUCCAAUCGCAGCCAAAGCAGCGUGCCCUAUUCCUGGUGAUGGCGAGUGGUUCUUUUUCACAUCCCGCGAUCUCAAGUACCCAUCAGGGUCCCGGUCCAACCGAGCCACAACUGCUGGGUACUGGAAGGCCACUGGAAAGGACAGGCCAGUGCACAUGCGGCUACCAGGCAGCACCGGUGGCAAUGAAGGGAAAGGGGAGCAGACAGUCAGAGCGGGAAUAAAAAAGACUCAUGUCUUCUACAUGGGGCGAGCGCCAGGAGGGGACAAGACCGACUGGGUCAUGCACGAGUACCGGCUGGCAGAGGAUUCGCCCGAAGCUGGACCGGCUGCUACAGCCGUGGCACGCGCUACAGCUGCAGCAAGCGAAUCAAACCCAGCAGCAGCUGCUACUCAUAGCACCGCACCUGGUGUGGGUGCAGCUGGUGGCACUGCCAUAGGCCGGACCGGCAGCAGAACAAACGAAGCGACACACCUAGCCACUGGUGCAGGUGGUGAUGUAGUUGGUGGAUUGGGCAGGAGCAGUAGCAGCAGCCCCAAAGCUAUCGGUCCAAAGACUGAACCCGGCAGUGAUCGAAGGAUCGGCAUGACGUCGUGGGUGGUUGUGCGGGUGCUCAAGCGAAGCUCCCUGACAGCGGAGGAGGAAGCGAUGGUGGCAAAGCAAGCUGUGGUAGCACAAGCGAUGGUGUCACGGCAUGAGAUGGUAGAGCAGCAGACGAUGGUGAUGCGGCAACUGUGUGGGGCUUCUUCACCAAAAGGAAAAUCAGAGAGGGACGAAGAGGCACCAGUGGCAGGGUACCCUGCGGGUUUAUCAGUGCAUGGCGUGCACUUUAGAGGUGUUUCACCCUCACUAGAUUCUCCCAGGAGUAACUUCCCAAAUUCCCUCAUUAGCAGCCUGUCCCCCAACUCCUCUUGCUGCGCAAUGCCCGUGGAUGUGCAGAGCCGCGUUGUGGCAAACUGA